GAGGAAGAUAAGAAUCUCAGAAGAGGGAGGAGAGUGAGAGCGGGCAAUGCUGAAGAGAACGAGUGGCUGGGAAACGAAGUGGAAGGUAGUAAAUGGGGGAGUGGAGACACACUGGUGGAAGGGGUUCGUGGCUGGUUUCAAAGUCGAACAAUUAAUUGCAAAGAAAAUACUCUCAUUAUUGUUGGUGGUUGUAAUUACCAUAAAAACUCAGGUGCUAACCCGAAUAAUAAUAACAAGCAUGCCAAUAAUGCCAUUAUCAAUGAUAGUUGUGGCCACGUCUCUUCGGUGAGCGUACUUCGCGCCCAAUCAUCCAGAAUUCUUAAGCGCGAGAAGGAACUAAAACAAGGUGAGGAACGAGAAGCAGAGGAAAGUCCGGAGGGAGACUUUAAUAUCUCUGGCUUGAAGCUCAUUGAUGUUCACAAACGAACUACCCACUUCAAACCUGGCUCAAUGGAUUCCCAGAAGAAGGGUGGCUUAGAAACAGAGUUCUUCACAGAAUAUGGAGAGGCAAGUCGGUACCAAAUUCAAGAAGUCGUUGGGAAAGGAAGUUAUGGUGUUGUUGGCUCUGCAGUUGACACCCAUACUGGAGAAAGGGUUGCGAUCAAGAAAAUUAGUGAUGUUUUCGAACAUGUUUCUGACGCCACAAGGAUUCUGAGAGAAAUUAAGCUCCUUCGGUUGUUGCGCCAUCCAGAUAUUGUAGAAAUAAAGCAUAUUAUGCUUCCUCCUUCACGGCGGGAAUUUAGAGAUAUCUAUGUUGUUUUUGAGUUAAUGGAAUCUGAUCUUCAUCAAGUAAUUAAGGCAAAUGAUGAUCUUACUCCUGAGCAUUAUCAAUUUUUCUUGUAUCAGCUUCUUCGUGGUCUUAAAUAUAUUCAUACAGCAAAUGUAUUUCAUAGAGAUUUAAAGCCCAAAAACAUUCUUGCUAAUGCUGACUGCAAAUUAAAGAUAUGUGAUUUUGGGCUUGCUCGUGUAUCUUUCAAUGAUGCCCCAUCAGCUAUUUUCUGGACGGACUAUGUUGCAACUCGAUGGUAUCGUGCUCCCGAGCUCUGUGGUUCUUUUUUCUCGAAAUACACCCCUGCUAUUGAUAUUUGGAGCAUAGGAUGCAUAUUUGCUGAAAUGCUUACAGGAAAAGCACUAUUUCCUGGAAAAAAUGUGGUGCACCAAUUAGAUCUCAUGACUGAUUUGCUUGGUACUCCUACUCUAGAAAAUAUUGCAAGGAUUCGGAAUGAAAAGGCAAGAAGGUAUCUUGGAAGCAUGCGGAAAAAGCAACCUCUUCCACUCUCCCAAAAGUUCCCUAAUGCAGAUCCCUUGGCUCUUCGCUUACUAGAGCGCCUACUUGCAUUUGAUCCGAAAGACCGUCCCACAGCGGAAGAGGCAUUAGCUGAUCCUUACUUUCAUGGUUUGUCUAAUGUGGAUCGUGAACCAUCCACUCAACCUAUAUCAAAACUUGAGUUUGAGUUUGAGAGGAGGAAAUUGGCAAAAGAUGAUGUUAGAGAGUUAAUCUAUAGAGAGAUUUUAGAAUAUCAUCCCCAGAUGCUGCAGGAGUAUCUUCGAGGUGGAGAUCAGACUAGCUUUAUGUACCCAAGUGGUGUAGAUCGAUUCAAACGGCAGUUUGCGCAUCUUGAGGAGCAUUAUGGUAAAGGUGAAAGAAGCAAUCCACUCGAAAGGCAGCAUGCUUCCUUACCUAGGGAGCGGGUUUGUGCACCCAAGGAUGAGACUGCUAACUCAGAAAAUGAAAUUGAAAGGCGAACUGCAGCUUCUGUCGCUACAAGUCUGGAGAGUCCUCCAAGUUUGCAGCAAUAUGAUAAUGCCGAAAAUGCUAAUGUAGGUUCACAAAAUGGACCUAGCAAGCCAAAUUACAGUGGUCGUAGCCUGUUGAAGAGUGCUAGUAUUAGUGCUUCCAAGUGUGUAGGUGUGAAAGCAAGUAAAGAUUCAGAGCAGGACAAACCGAUUGGUGAGGACAAUGAUGAGGAAAUCAACAGCUUGUCGCAGAAACUUGCCGCCCUACAUGCCUGAUUUAUAGUUCCGAUCUAUUUUAUAACGAUUUCCAGAUGGUUUACUUUUGUGCUCUGCAUAUAUUUCCUCCAUGGCAUGGACAGAUGGUGCAUAAACCCACACAGAAGAUUCUCACAUUAUUUCAGGUAGAAGCUAACCCUAGGAUUAAAUAGUAAUAGCCAAAGUAGUGUAAUUAAACAAAUAUUUGGAAGAAACGACAACAAUGUAAUUUCCAUUUAGGUACUGUGACAAAGUUGGGAGAAGAGGUUAUGGUUGGAAGAACAGAUGAUCUCUAUUUUGUUUUCAUUUCAUUUAGCUAUGUAACCACUUCGUUAUGAUUGCUAGUAACUUUGGGUAAGUUUAUCCAUCCUAGGACUGACAAAUACUUGGUUGAUUGAUCAUAUUGCUGAUGUUAAUACAAGUCUAGUGUUUUAAGAUUUGA